CUCCCAAUCCAGGCAACGUUGGUGCCGUGCGAACGCCUCUUCUCCUCAAAUGCCGACACGGACACCCCGAAGCGCAACCGCAUCGGCCCCCAGCUCAUGGAGGCCUUGCAAGUCUUGAAGUACCUCAUCAAGAGGAACCAGCUGUCCUUCACG